GACCAUCCGCUCAGCCAAUCCCAAAGAUCCAUAACGAUGCGAACUGUUUUAACUCUCCUCAUGUCUCCUCUGUCACCACUGUUUCGCUUUUCUUCUGCCGCCGUUUGCGGGGCGGGCCGGCUUCCCCCCAUGUGAAAGCAGAAAGACGCUGACAAGUUCCGCCGCAGCCGAACGCGACAGGCGAGUCGUUGUUCGGGGCGGUGUGUGCGACGAAUCUCUCCGCGCAUCCGAGGCGUUUCGAGAUGGCCCAUGCAGCCGCGGUUGGAUUGCAGCCGUCGGGCGCGGGUUUAAAGCGCUGUGGUGGAAGUGGUCUGGGAAACUUCGAGCUCCUCGACGAAAUAGGCACGGGUAGCUUCAGCGUGGUGUACAAAGCUCGAACUAUCCAAGACGGCGCACUUGUGGCCCUUAAGAAAGUUAAGGUGAAAGACAUGCGUGACGAAAAGGCCAAAAAUGACUGCGUGAAGGAAAUAGCCCUUCUUCAGAAGCUAGAUCAUCCGCACAUUAUAAAAUAUCACAGCUCCUUCAUUUGGAAUGGGGAACUCAACAUUGUACUUGAGCUAGCAGAUGGUGGUGACCUGGCACAGUUUAUAAAGUGUUUCAGGCAGCAUGGUAAGCUGGUUCCCGAGCCAACCAUCUGGAGGUACUUCUCACAGGUGUGUGCCGCCCUCAAGCACAUGCACUUGAAGAGGAUAAUGCACAGAGAUGUGAAACCGGCCAACGUGUUCAUCACUAGUGAUGAUAGGGUCAAGCUGGGAGACCUAGGACUGGGACGCUUCUUCAAUCCCAGCAGUGUUGCUGCCAACUCUUUUGUGGGAACGCCGUUCUACAUGUCACCUGAACGCAUUCAGGAGCUGGAGUACGACUUUCGUUCAGACGUAUGGUCAGCCGGUUGCCUUCUCUAUGAGAUGGCAGCUCUGCAGUCCCCAUUCGCCAAUGAGAGCAAGAACCUUUACUCUCUUGUGAAGAAGGUUGUGGCAAGCGAAUACCCACCUAUACCAAGCAACCUCUACUCGGAUGAGCUACGUGCCCUGGUUGCCGUCUGCAUGGAUCCAAACCCCAUGAAGCGCCGGGAUAUAAGCUACGCUUGCACCGUGGCCACACAAAUGUACGAGCGCUUCGUACAGGCUUCUGCACGCAUGGGAAAAGCACUGGCCCCUACGUGACAUGGUGAUCUCAGUGACCGGCAGCAGCACAAGUCUUUUGCACUGUACACUCAUGGUUUGAUGUGUAUGUGUACACAAUAAGCUUGUCAAUGGAAUUUUCUUGAUUGACAGGAAUCAGAAAGGGCACAGUGAAUGGAAGAUGGCAUGCUGAAGAAUGUUUCAUUGCUGUCUUUGUGAUAAAAUGUGUUAUGGCUAGAAACUGGAUCUUUAGCCCCUAAGAAGUGACUGCAGUGCCUUGCAGCAUGGUGCUGUAAGGGUGACUGUUGCUUCUAAAAAUAUGCAAGAGAACACUGACUGGUGAUAUCUUGGUACACCAUUUUUCAGAUAUCCAGGAAUUGCAUCAAGAUAUAAUGAAGGAUAGGUUUUCUUGCGUGAAACAUUUUUAGUAGAAAGUAUGAGCCAUCACAUGCAGUGCACAUUGUGGAUCUCUGUUGUCCAGCAUUUAGUACUGUUUCAUUUUAGUAAAGACUACCUUCACUUGGUCAGCCAGUGACCCUAGUAUCCUUCAUACAAACCAAGGCAAUGCAUGUGAAAAGUAGGUUCAAAUACAUAAGAUUAGUACUGAAGCCAUGAAAAAGCAGCGUUUUCUUGCAGCCUGGGCACGUAGAUGGAACACAUAUGCAGCCUACAUGGUUAAGCGUCGCAGUUCCAGGCAACACACCUAGGCCACAACAAAAUUGUAUUUUGCAGCUUCAUCCAUUUUGUUUGCUGAACAAAUGGUCCUGCACUCAGUUUUUUCCUGGCCAUAUCUUAGGUGCUAUUGGGUUGAUCAGUUUUAAUGCUUUAUGCUAUAGCAUGUCACUUUCCUGACUACAGAAAUCUACUUUGUUAGUCUAAAAUUGCACCAUGCCAUUUUGAAGCUUAGGUUCAAAAACCUGCUCAAGGGCUGCUUUACACAAAUGUGGCAGACGCUGAUGAAACUGUCAAGUGCUCUUCUUAAAAGCAAAUUGUGUAGCACGGAGUACUUGCCUGUUGUGAAAAUGUGCAAUUGCUAGCAGCUUGGCUUUGCUAUUGGUUAUAUUGGAAAUACUUUUGCUUUAGCAUUGUCUGAACUUUCCGAGAUGUCAUUUUUCAGUUGUAUGAGUUGUGCAUCUUAUUCACUGUGCCCUUGUUCAGCCUGAUGCUAGCAUUCCUAGUCACUGUAAUAGGAAACGGCUGCUACAUAGCUGACUCUCUGAGCGCAUUUAAUUAGGUCAGGGGGUGUUGCACCAUGCACUAAAACAGUCUACACCUGCUGAAGUGGUGUUGCACUGGACCAGUUGUUGCAAAUUCAUAGUGAUAAACUGAGUGGUGAGGGCUGGUGAGAAAAGUGCAUUGAGCACUGAUACAGAAUAAACAUGUCUUUUGUAGACCACCUCUCUCAAAGAGGUUCAUCUUGUGCAUAGAUUUGUUUGAGGGGAGAAAUUCAGAAACGAUAGAUGCCAUGACCACCAUUUGUAUUGCUUGUAAUUUUUUAGCAGCGCAUGUUUCUUGUAUUUGGCCACAUUUCAGAGCCAGCAAGUUCUCUGCGAUUAGAAGUAAGCUACGCUUGGUGGCUACAUGAGAAAUGUUGAGUUAAAUUGUUUCAAAAGUAGACAGAAGGCAGAUGUCUUCAAGCCUCAUGUGGCUAAGGAACAAUGGAAAAGGAAAUGGCACCAUGUCAUGACUGGAAGUUAAGCUUGCAAAAUGUGUUUCAUGUUGGCACUGAGUCCCCUUUUGUGAAUCUUGUUGUGUUGAGGGUACAGGAGUCAUGCAAGACCUUCGUUUUAGUGUAUACAUUUGGCACUGGUUUGCACUAGUUACACUAGGUUGCAUCGCAAGGUGAUGUCGAAAAGUGUUAAUUUCUGAUGGUGUUGCUACCAGCAUAAUGAUGAUUGUGAUCCCCAGUAUUAACAUAUGACAGUCUAAUUCUAAUAUGACAAGGUCACCUGGUGGCAGGAAAUGUCACAUUAGUGCCUAGAUUAAAAAAAAAAAAAUGUGUCACUGUACAACAACAAACAUGCUACAGCUGGCAGUUUCAGUACAUGCUUGCAACACCUCCCAAAUAGUAUAUGAAAGUGUUUAUUUGCAUUUGCUGCAGAGGCCAUGCCCUGCAGAUUUGUUACAAUGGCAUGGUCACAUUUGUCCUUGUGGUGAACUGAAUGUAUUUGCCACCUGCCAGCCUAAUACCAGAUGAUGAUUAUUUGCUCAAGUCAACUGUUAUGAUAUUGUGCCGUGAAUUUAUGUUGUGUAUGAUAUAUUAAUGCAAGCCAGAUUGAAGCGGCCUUUAAAUAGCACAUAUAUUUUUUGAAGUGUACAUUUUUUCGUGCGCACAUGUUGAUUGUGUAUCUUUAAGGAGGCUCUACCUGCUUGAGGAAGUCACAGGAGCAUGUAGAACUGUUCAGCAGCUCUUUGUCGACAGUGACAUUAUAGAAUAUAUUUUCUGGAAGUUUAUGAAUAAAGUGUUUUACAUACA